CCCUGUAAAGAUUGGGUUACCGCAGUCUGUAUUUCAGGCUUGGUCGAGUCCAUUGAUACUAGGCCAACUCCUUCGAGAUAAAUUGUUCGAGCUAAACGACAUUUCGCCGUGCGAAUUUUUGAAAGAUUCGGUGUUUAGCGCUGCGUUCCUGUACCCGCAGGUGGAUGGGGAUGCCACAGAGAGUGCAUUUCAUUAUUUCUGGGAUUCAAUUAUCCGUGUGGUGCUCGGGUUUGUGUUUAGGCGUGCUUACGUCAACCGGGAUUCGAGCAGGAAAUCCUUGUCAGGUUUGAAGCGACCCGACUUUUUGUUUGCUUUGGAUCAUAUCUGUGUUUUUCGUGGUGAGGAGAAAGAACCUCGUACUUCUAUCACUGUGCCUCGUGAGGAGCUCUCUAAAAAACUGGUGUGGUCCUACGGUGGAGUGCCGUAUGUGUUUGGCUAUGCUGCGUCGGGCUUCGAGCUAGAAUUAUUUGCUAUCUAUCAAGACGUCACGGGCAACGUUAAAACCCACCUUAUUGGAGGGUUUAACUUGCAGCAUGCGCCGGAACGUUUUCGACUUGUACUGGCACUUCUGAAUUUGUGUCUGCUUUUCCCGGCAAUUGCGCAAAACUGUCCGGCCUCGGCAGGGACCGAGUUCAUGGACAUCCAUCGCGCCAAUGGCGUUAAGGUGCGGUUGAGUCCGAUUUUCGUCGAUAAGAUCUUUCACACACAAGAAGAGUAUCGUCGCGUGAAGCGGAUCUACGAUUCUUUGAAAGCUUAUAGGAUUCCUUGUGCCGAUGCAGUUGUCACGGUGGAUUCAGACCAAUUGAGGUUGACACUUAAGCCCCGCGGCGUUGAGAUGAAGCCAUGCAGCUUGAGUGAACUGUUCGUCGCGCUCGGGAACGUUCUCGAGGCCCUUGUAGUCCUCCAUCGCAACGGGUGGAUGCACAGAGACAUCCGUUGGUCUAACGUGAUCAAGCAUAUCGACCGCGUUGAAUGGUUUUUGAUCGACUUCGCUGAUGCAGCUCAAAGUCCGCAGAAAUAUCCCAGCGGCGAUCACUUGACGCACGACGAACACGCUUCAGAUAUUUUUAUGGAAGGUGGAUCCCACACGACUGCGGUUGACUUAUGGGCCGUGGGAUACCUGGUGAAGACAAGUAAGAUUGAACGGGAAUGGACUGCGGAGCCCGAAAGAGCGCUUUUCCUGGAUCGGUUGAUGAACACAGACCCGAGUGCUCGGCCGACGGCAGACGAAGCCUUACAGCUUCUGUCUCGUUUUGAACGUGAAGCUGCUGAGCAGGAAUCACAGGGCAAGGGUGUGCGCAAGAAGCAAAGACGUGCGUAA